AUGGAUACACCUAUUUUCAAAGAAGGUGUAGUUAGAGAAUACUUGGUCACCGAUACUACUCCCAUCAUUGUAAAGAAAAGAUCAUUUGCUAAACAGGACCUUAUCUUUCUCGCACCAUUGGUGGUUAUUGGCUUGAUUGUUAGAUUAUACCACUUGUCCAACCCAGAUUCAGUUGUGUUUGACGAAGUCCAUUUUGGUGGCUUUGCCAGAAAAUACAUUUUAGGGACUUUUUUUAUGGAUGUCCACCCACCAUUGGCAAAGAUGCUUUUCGCCUCAAUUGCCUCCAUUGGUGGCUUUAAUGGAGAUUUCGAGUUCAAGUCCAUUGGUGACAAGUUUCCUGACACUACUCCCUAUGUGUUUAUGAGACAAUUUCCUGCAUUAUUGGGUGUAGGAACCGUUGUCUUGUGCUACUUGACAUUACGUCAAUCGGGUGUUCGUCCAAUUAUUGCAUUUAUCACUGCAUUUUUGUUACUCAUUGAAAACUCAAAUGUGACAAUUUCAAGAUAUAUUCUUUUGGACUCUCCAUUGUUGUUCUUUAUUGCUGCUUCAAUCUAUGCGUUUAAGAAAUUCCAAGUGCAAGUGCCCUUCUCCAUAGGAUGGUUUAAAGCAUUGGUUUCAACCGGUAUUGCCUUGGGAUUAGCAUUGAGCUCAAAAUGGGUUGGUCUCUUCACCCUUGCAUGGGUGGGAAUCUUGUGCAUUUACCAACUUUGGUUCAUUAUUGGCGACUUGUCCGUAUCGGCUAAAAAGAUUUGGGCGCAUUUCUUUCUUAGAGGUUUUGCCUUGCUUGGAAUUCCAAUCGUCUUGUACUUGGGAUUCUUUGCCAUUCACUUUCAAUUAUUAUCCAAGGAAGGUGAUGGUGGUGCUUUUAUGAGCAGCGCAUUCAGAUCAGGUUUGGAAGGCAACAAGAUUCCAACAAACAUUACCGAGCAAGUUGGUUUGGGCUCCAUAGUGACCAUUCGUCAUGUAGAAACUCAAGGUGGAUACUUGCAUUCGCAUGACCAUUUCUACCCAGCAGGCUCUAAGCAACAACAAAUUACAUUGUAUCCACACUUGGACUCAAACAAUAGAUGGUUGAUUGAACCAUAUAAUGGAACCAUUUACAAUGAUACAUUUGUUCCCUUGAUCAAUGGUAUGAAGAUUAGACUCAAGCACGUCAACUCUGGAAGAAGAUUACACUCGCACGAUGAAAAACCACCAGUUAGUGAACGCGACUGGCAAAAGGAAGUGUCUUGUUAUGGUUUUGAAGGUUUCAAAGGCGACGGAAAUGACGAUUGGAUUGUUGAAAUUGUUCAACACAGAACCAAAGACCCUAAUGGUAAAGUGUUUAUGCAAGCAUUGAAAACCAUAUUCCGUUUGAAACACGCAUUGACUGGUAAUUACUUGUUUUCAAGUGAAGUCAAAUUGCCUGAAUGGGGCUUUGGUCAACAAGAAGUUAGUGCAGCCGGCCAAGGUAGAAGACCAUUGACUUAUUGGUACAUUGAACAAAAUGAAAACAAUAUCUUGCCUAAAGACCAACAAAUAAUCAUUAAUUACCCCAAAUUAUCAUUAUGGGAAAAGAUUGUUGAGUCACACAAGAGAAUGUGGAAGAUCAAUUCUGGCUUAACCGACCACCACCAUUGGCAAAGUAAUCCAAGCGAAUGGCCAUUGUUAUUGAGAGGUAUCAAUUACUGGAGCAAGGAUUACAGACAAAUUUAUCUCUUGGGUAACGCUGUUACAUGGUGGGCCACUACCGCAUGUAUUGCUACUUUUAUCAUUUACUCCAUAGUUACUGGAUUGAGAUGGUACUUGGGCAAACCAGUUUCGACUCACAAAGAGGUGUUCAACUUUAACGUUGAAACUUUUAGUUAUGUUCUCGGAUGGGGGUUGCACUACUUGCCAUUUUACAUCAUGGGAAGGCAAUUGUUUUUGCAUCAUUAUCUUCCAGCAUUGUAUUUUGGUAUUCUUGCACUUGGCCAUUUCUUUGAGAUUUUCACUUCGUACUUUACAUCGCGCGUGAGAUUACUCCAACAAAUGGCACUUACCAUUACUGGUGCAUUUGUUGUGGUUAGUAUUGUGUUUUUUAUCAAUUACUCACCAUUGAUUUAUGGAACUCCAUGGACCAAGACCGCAUGCGACUUAUCCAAACCAUUUUCAACAUGGGACUACGACUGUAAGAAUUUCCAUAUGAAAUUGUCUGAUUAUUCAUUGUCAAAAAUCAACUCUGUACCUCAACAUGCGUCGAAAUCAACCCCUGCUUCAACCGUGGUGACUGAAGCCAAGAAAACUCCUGUUGCUAAACCCAAGAUUGCCAAACUGGAGCAACAUAUUGAAAAUCCUCCAAAAAAUGCCAAAGAUGCCCCUGCCAAGGAUCAAGUGGAGCAAUUGGCACCACCAGAACCAAAAGUUGAAACUCCAAAAGAGAACAAAAAGCGUGAAGUUCCAGCCGCUGAGGAUUCAGAAACACGCAACAAGGAGCCAAGAGUAGCCAAAGGUAAAGCAGAGGUUGUGAGAUCGGAAAAAGAUUCAAACGGAAAGGCUAGUAUUACUUCGUUUGAUCAAAAUGAAUCUGAGGAAGAAGUGCAUAGCUAUGAAGACAGAAUGGAAUUUGCAAAUGAUAUCCCACCACCAUUGGAGAAUCUUGGCGAAUUAGCAAAAGAAAAAGAAGAAGUGAAGGAAAAGGGUAAAGAUUUCGAGAAAAACAAUGAGAAACCGAUUGAACAAAAAUCUGCUGAGCCAAAGAAAGAUGCUAAAAAACAGUUUCAACCUAAAAGGCCAAAGGACCCAGGUGCAAAUAAAAUACACAAGGAUGUAAGAAAAGCUCACGCUAAAGCAGCAGAGGCUAAGCCAGCACAAGCAGAACCUGAAUCUCAACCAAAGAAGGAUAUCAAGUCAGAAGCACAAGCACAAGCACAAGCACCUCCACAACCUCAAGCAGCUGCACCUCCAAAGCCAGAUGACGAGCAAAUAGCUAUUUAG